GUAAAAUGCGAUUUUACUCCUUAUCUUCAUUCUUCAAUGACUAAAAAAAUAAGACAGUAACUCCGGAAUUUUUCUAUAAAAUAGUGUGAUUUAAAUUUUUAAACCUUUAGCGAAAUAUCGACCCAAUACAACAAAAAAAUUUAAAAAUCUUAGAUUACGCUAUCUCGCCCUAUCAAAAUGAGACUGAGACUUUUUAUUCUUACUACCUUAUUCCUUACUUUAUCUUUGGCCUGGUUGGCCCAAUCUGCUCCUGCUGCCAUUAAAUUUCCUCCUGCCGCUAUCGAAGAAACCGGCCAAUUUCUUCUAGAAGACAAUCGACCACCUAUCUCUGCUCAUUUUUCUAAUAGUCCACUUGAUGAAUGUCGUUAUUGCGGUGGGUUCACACCUGACCAGUGUUCAAUAGCAUGUUACCGCUACGGCUAUAAGUAUUAUUGGUGCAGUACAUGUUAUUGCAAUUGUAGUAACUAGGGAUGACACGGACAAUCCAAUUUACAAAGUGUAGUAAAUUUCGAAUCUACUCAUAACUUUUGGUUAUUACGACCUUUGCUAUGUACAAUAAUAGCAGUUACAG